GUGGGAGUUGUCUGGUGAAACGCAUUGUUGUGUUGGGGGACGAGCCCGUCCGUAGUGCUGCUGCUGUUGCUGCUUUUUGCUCCAGGUCGACUGUGGCUAGCGACUGACUCUAGCUUAUGAAUGGUCCACAAAGCAAUUAACUGAGUGUUCUCUGUAGAAUUUCACAUCGAAACUUCACAGGCACCAAAAAGGCCUCUUUCUCUUUUAUUAGCAACUGAAAAGACCCCAGUAUCGCCCGUUGGAUGAGAACAUUGUGUGCGGAAUUAGAGCCACUUAGCAGGCCGUAUCGCCAUUGCUUUGUAAGGCUGCUGGCUAGCUACCGUCUUCUUCAGCUAGCAAAACUGUUCGUGUAUCCGAGCAACACGGAGCAGCAAGAUGAAGAAGAAAGCUCGGCAGCACCGAGUUCCGGUGCCGCAGAGGCCGCCGUCUCCCAUCAAGCCUUCCCCCAACAAGCAGAUCUUGACUUACGCCCAGGCACAACGCAUGGUGGAGUUCGAGAUCGAUGGCCGCAUCCAUCGGCUCAGCAUAUAUGACAAGCUGGACGUGAUUUCGGAUGACGACCCCAUGGUGCAGGAGAUGAUGGAGUGCACCAGCAAUAAAGAGAAUGCUGAGAAACCACAGCAGCAGGUCCUCCUGAGGUCAGUGAGACUAAAAAACAACCAGGAGAAGAGAAACGCUGCGCUGGGCAUCACUGGUCAUGGAGAAGGAGCAGGCCAGCAUUCCGGUGUUAAUGCUGGGCCAAAGCUUCCAGAGCCCAAGUUCCGUACAGUAGAAUAUAACCUUCCAGCAGUUCCUAAGCGCCCAGCCACCUUUUAUAAAUUCAUAGAGAAAACUGAGGAAGAGCUGGACGAGGACACAGAGUAUGACAUGGAUGAGGAAGAUUACGCCUGGCUAGAUUUGGUCAAUGAAAAACGGCGGAGCGAAGGGGUCAGUCAGGUCUCUCACAAUGUUUUUGAGUUCCUUGUUGACCGCUUUGAGAAGGAACUGUAUCUGGAGAGCCUAGAUCAAGGCAGUGAAAAGCAAGCUCCCAUUGAUGAGGAUGCUGUUUGCUGCAUUUGCAUGGAUGGCGAGUGUCACAACAGCAACGCUAUUUUAUUUUGUGAUAUGUGCAAUGUGGCUGUGCAUCAGGAAUGUUACGGUGUGCCUUACAUUCCUGAGGGCCAGUGGUUGUGCAGACACUGCCUCCAGUCACCCACUCAACCCGCAGACUGCAUCCUUUGUCCCAACAAGGGUGGAGCAGUGAAAAAGACAGAGGAUGACCGCUGGGGCCACGUGGUGUGCGCACUCUGGGUCCCUGAGGUUGGCUUCUCCAACACCACCUUCAUUGAACCCAUUGAUGGUGUCAGCCACAUUCCUCCAGCCCGCUGGAAGCUCACAUGCUACCUCUGCAAGGAGAAAGGUGUUGGGGCAUGCAUACAGUGCCACAAAGCUAACUGUUACAGCGCCUUCCAUGUCAGCUGUGCCCAAAAGGCUGGCCUCUUUAUGAAGAUGGAACCAAUCAAAGAGGUAACGGAAACAGGAGAACCCACCGUCUCUGUGAAAAAGACAGCCUACUGUGGAGCCCACACACCUAAUGGGUGUGUAAGGAGGCCUCUUACAAUAUAUGAUAAUGUCAAACCCAAAAAUGGACUAUGUAAGAAAGUGGACAAAGGCAGAUGUGCUGGUAAAGGACAGUCAAAAGGAAAGCAGAAGAAGAAGAGUAAGAGUAAGAAACCUGAGCCUGAAGUUGAAGAGGAAGCUGCAACCCCUGCUACUGUGCCUACUUUUCCUGCUCACAGGUUACAAACCAUUCUGAACCAGGUGUCAAUCCAGAAGAAGAAAGCAUUCGUGGAGUUGGUCCUAAAUUACUGGACACUAAAGAGGCAAUCCAGGAAUGGACUUCCCCUCAUCAGACGCCUUCAGACAAGCCUGCAGUCUCAGAAGAAUGCGCAACCGGUUUGUUCAUCUAGGCAGAAUGAGGAGGAGAGCAGGGCAUUAAAGGACCAGCUGAAGGAAUGGCACCGUCUUCGACAUGACCUGGAGAGAGCCCGGCUGCUGCUGGAGUUAAUCCGCAAGAGGGAGAAGCUCAAGAGGGAAGAGAUUAAGCUGCAGGAGACCCUGCUAGAGAUGCAGCUGACUCCCUUCAGUAUUUUACUCAGAGCUCUUUUGGACCAGCUUCAGACAAAAGACCAGGCCAGGAUCUUUGCCCAGCCGGUUGAUGUCAGUGAGGUGCCUGACUACCUCGACCACAUCAAGCAUCCAAUGGACUUCUCCACCAUGCGGCAGCGCAUCGAUGCCCAGGCUUACAACAAUUUUGAGCAGUUUGAGAGUGACUUCAACCUCAUUAUUGAAAAUUGCAUGAAGUAUAAUUCAAAGGACACAUAUUUCUACCGGGCAGCUGUUCGCCUCCGAGAUCAGGGUGGGGCCCUGCUUAGAAAGGCCCGACGUGAUGUGGAGAAAAUUGGCUUUGACACGGAAAGCGGCAUGCAUCUGAACGAUGCUCCGGAAAUCAAAGCACCACCGUCCUUUUCUUGGGAGGACGUGGACCGCCUACUUGUACCAGCCAAUCGGGGGCAUCUGUCUCUGGACAAGCAGCUGCAGCAGCUAUUGGAGAAGUUCGACCUGACCUGUGCCAUGAAGUCCAGCCCCUCCCGCAGCAAGCGGCUCAAGCUACUCAAAAAGACCAUCAAUGAUGUUCGCAAUGAAAUGAGCCUAAAAAGAGUCCUACCCUCCCACCACCAUUGCUCUUCCUCCAUUACUCCCUCCACAUCAGCACCAUCCUCAUCAGCUCCCUCCCACCCGGAGAUGGGUAAACCUAAAGAAGACAGACUGAAGCCUAAUGGACAUCUUCCAGAUGACGAGGGAGACAAGUCUCUUCCUCCUAAACUGGAGCCCUCGGACUCAAUACCACCCCUCAUCCACUCAGACACAGAUCCUGAGCCCCCCACCCUCAAACCAAUCGAUGCCGCCCCAGACUGUGAUGACAAGACUCACAGCAAGCGAGUCAAGUUUGAUCGGGAUAUCCCAGACCUGCUCUCCUCUACUCCACGCCUCAACGGCCACUCCCGCGACGGCCUCCAGAACUCUUUGCUGGACGGAGACGUGAGCGUGGUGGCCACAUCGACCCUCGCCGAGCCCACGGGAACAGUCAACCGCCGGACAGCCGUGCUCUUCCGCAAAUCGAAGGCUGCCAGUCCACACAAGCCCCCGAGGAGCGGAGACGAGGGGGCCGACAGCGCUGACAGAAAAGAAGGCGAGGAGGAGGAAGAGGAAGAAGAAGAUGAAGAUGACGAUGAUGCACAGCUGGGUUCCAAAUCCUUCCUCUCAGUGGUUAUACCCAGGCUGGAGACACUACUUCACAGCAAGAAGAGGAAGCACAGCGGCAGCAGAGACAGCGAAGAGGAGGGGGGAGGAGAGGGAGAGCAUGAAGAGGAGGGAGAGUCUCCUGUGAAACGACUUGACACUGGUCUGUCAAGUGGGUUUCUGGAGGUGGAGGAGGAGAAGGAGCUAGAAGAACCCAGUAGAACCAGUAGACCCGUGGAGCCACGAAGACGCUGUGCCUCUGAGUCCUCCAUCUCUUCAUGUAGCAGCCUGCCAGGAAACACCAGCACCAUUCUCAGUCUUCCAAAAUGUGGGAAGGGGAAACCCGCCCUGGUCCGGAGAAACACUGUGGACGAUAAGAGCGAAUUAAUCGCCUGCAUCGAAACCGGGAAUUUUGCAAAAGCAGCACGAAUCGCCGCCGAGGUUGGCAACAGCAAUAUCUGGAUGCCCGCUAGUGCCGCAACAGUUGCAUUGGAACCCCUAAAGCUAGUUUGGGCCAAAUGUAGUGGAUACCCUUCCUACCCAGCCUUGAUCAUCGACCCCCACAUGCCACGUGUGGGCUGCCAGCACAACGGGGUGUCCAUCCCCAUGCCCCCCAUGGACGUGCUCCGCAUCGGAGAACAGAUGCAGUACAAAGCCGAAGAGAAACUCUACCUCGUCCUCUUCUUCGACAACAAGCGCAGCUGGCAAUGGCUUCCUAGAUCCAAGAUGGUUCCUCUGGGGAUGGACAAGACCAUAGACAAGAUUAAAAUGAUGGAGGGACGCACAUCCAGCAUUCGCAAGGCUGUCCAGAUCGCCUUCAGCCGCGCCAUGAACCACCUGAGCAUAGUGCAGGACGAGCCAGUCAGCGACCUCAGUGACGUGGACUGAUGACACUCACUGGCUCUCUCCCCUCUCUCAUACACACACACACACACACACACACACACACACACACACACACACACACACACACACACACUUGUACCUCUCCUGUACCAAAUACCUUCCUCUUUCCCCCCACUUCUCUCUGUCUCUGCAGGAGAUUCAAAUGUUUACUGGGCACCUGCUGUAACAGGUGGUGUCUGCUCCUCAUCCAUUCCUACUCGUACACACUCCUACCAUGUGCCGAUGGGAUACGGCUGCUGCUGAAUGUGAAUGUGUCUAUCUGUCUUCUCCACCUCCAGGCUUGUAACUGUGCUCAGAGACUGCUCCCUUUUUGCCACUCCCACCCUCACUCCACCAGUCAUGACUGUCAUUUUCAUUCAUCAUGGCGAGGCAAAAACUUAAGUGAUUGAUUUUGUACAUUUAGGUAACCUUACCAAAUGCGUUUGUGGUGUCAAGACUUUGUAGGAGGACAAAAACUAACAUCAGUUGUUAGAUUUUGGCUGCGGCUGAUACGUUUUUCAACCCGGUCCGUUAUGUUGGCAGUUGCCAAUCGUCAUUUCUGUUACAGGUUGCUAAAAAAGCAUCUAGUAGCUGGUUAAGCAGUUAAGUACAUAAAAACAUACAUUUCUUGCCACAUGGAGGCUUUUCAGUUGUAUUGAAUCAGCUGUAGCCAAAGCUUAUGUUUAUGUCAAGGUCACAUUUACAUACUGAAGUCAUCUCCAUUUAAAAAUAUCUUCUUUUGUAUUUAAACUGUAAAUACUCUGUACAGUUGCCUGACACUAACUUAUUUUGUAGUUUUGACAUAAAUGGGUACUGUACAGGAGUUUUCUUAGUAUUUAUACUUGAUGCAUUCUUGGCACUAAGGUGUGAGUGCUGUUUUGCCAGUGCUGUAUGAUCAAGAAGAAUAAAAAAAAAUGCAAAAGCCUUAGUAUUAAGGAGAUUAGGGCUAAAAUGUAAUGUUUUUGAAAAGUAUGAAGUAUUCCUUUUUUCAUUUUUUUUUAAGUUAUUGAAGUUUAUAAUCGUAAGCUUCCAUUUGGCAUUAAUCCUUUUUGUAUAAAAAUAGUUUUAGUAUAUUUUUGUUCAUAUAUAUUUAUAUGAUUUGAAUACACGGUUAUACAGUAUGUAAGUCUCUGAAGCUCAUACAAGCAGUCUGAUGUUGUGGACACAGAACGUAUAUUGUUCUCAAGAAACCAAAAAUGUUGCUACCCAGAUGUUUUUUGCUGAUUAAUUUUCUGUGUGACGUGUGAAAUUGUUGCCAAAAAAAGAAAAAAAAGUGUAUUUUUAUGUGAUACAUUUGACUGUUACUUGGUUUUGCUGUAGUCGUAGGGAGAUGUGCCUGCGUUAACUUAUUGUAAAGUAUUUGCAUUACUUUAUAUUCAAGGAAAGACGUGCAAACUGAUUGUGGUAAAGUGGCACAUUUUGUGGUGGAUACUUGCCUUCUUUUUAAGUAACCUUUUCUAACUUUUUUUUGUAGUUGUAGACUUCAAGACAUUUCAUUUUAUACUAUUGCUUAUUUUUUCUGGGUAGCAUUGGGUAGUUUUGGUAUAUUUCUUUUGUACUUAACUGUAGUAGUUUUUUUAAUCAGGUCAUAUGAAAUAUUGCUGGGACUGUUUUUUGUAGCAAAGCAAAAAAUAAACAUACAAAUAUGAA